CCAGCUCCAACCAGGCCUCGAACCCGGGUCUCCCGGGUGGAAGACCCUUGGGUCUACAGCAACCCAAGCUGUAGACCUCUGAAGCUCCACUGGAGUUACCAAAGAUGUGGAUGUGAAGGUCUCAUACAGGAGAUGGACAGUCAGUCUGCUUGCAAGUCGAGAUAAUAUUAACUUACUUCAAUAUGGGAGCGGGUGGAUUCUUAGUAGUCUUCAGCUUGUUUCAGAUUUUCUUCAUAUCGCACUGCGACGCAGGGAAUAUUUUGGUAUAUCCUCUAGAUGGCAGCCACUGGAUCAAUAUGAAGAUCCUGUUAGAAGAACUUCAUGCCAGGGGUCACAACAUCAGUGUGAUCAGAGGUUCCAGCAGCUGGUAUAUUCCAGAAAAAUCCCCCCUCUACACAUCCAUCACAGUUGAAAUGGACAGAGAUGUGAAGGAUUUCUUUGCUGACUUUAUACAAUACCAACUGCGGGUGCACCGAGAAGGGUCCUCACUGAUAACGUUCUUCAAGCUCACAAAAAAGUUUAUGUCCUUUGUUUCUGUGGGCCACACUCUUUGGUGUGAUGCUGCAUCAAAGAUUUUGGAAAAUCCAAAGUUGAUAAAAAGCUUCAUAGAAUCACAGUAUGAUCUGGUUCUUACUGAUCCAGGAAUAGGACCAGGUGUUGUGUUAGCUAAAUAUCUUAAACUGCCAUUAGUCCUCAACGUUCGCUGGAUUACCAGUGGAGAAGGUCACUUUGUGUUGGCUCCCUCACCGCUCUCUUAUAUCCCAGUGAUCCCAGGACCUGGUCUAACAGACAAAAUGAAUUUCAUCCAGAGAAUCCAAAACAUUUUUUUCUAUAGUAUCAUAUUAUUCCAGCAGAAAUUUGUGGUGGGACCUAUUUAUGAUGCUAUGUGUGAUAAAUACAUUGAGGGUGGAUGCGACAUUGUCUCACUGCUUCAAGAUGCUGAUAUUUGGCUGUUCAGGUCAGAUUUUGUCUUUGAUUUUCCUCGGCCAACAAUGCCAAAUGUUGUCUACAUUGGAGGGUUCCAGUGUAAACCUGCGCAGCCUCUACCAGCGGACCUGGAGGAGUUU